UUAUUAUUUAUUUAAUUAAUUUUGGUUUCAUCCAUUUUAUUGUCAAGGAAAUUAACAGCCUGAAGAUGUUCCCCAGGGUCACUUUAAAACCGGUAAUUGCACCGGCGUUAGAGCCCGCACAACCCCGAUUAGCCCCUCGGGAUCACCAAUGCGUCUCUCCUGCCCUGCUCCACACCAGGCUCCCCAGUGCUUUCACUGACCCAUACUGAGUGCCUGACUGUAGAGAACUCCAUCUCCCGUGAACUCCUUAGCUCCCUUCUACUCCUAGGAUUGCUCUACUCGUAGGGUCGUUCCCGGCUCUGCCCUCCAGCAGCUCAGGUCCUGACUCUGGCCUUACGACACAGGCCACGCCCCUUACGCCCCUUACGUAAGCCACCGCCCAUUCGAUCAGGCUCCGUGAGGGCGUGGCCUCCGCGCACUCGUGACGCCUACUUGCUAACACGUCGCCGCCGGGGCGUGGCUACGGGAGCCGGGCUGGCCCGGUCCAAGCCGCGGCUGAGGCGGCGGCGGCGAAGGAUGCACCCGGCAGGCUUGGCGGCGGCGGCGGCGGGGACACCCCGGCUGCCCUCAAAGCGGAGGAUCCCUGUGUCCCAGCCGGGUAUGGCCGACCCCCACCAGCUUUUCGAUGACACAAGUUCAGCCCAGAACCGGGGCUAUGGGGCCCAGCGGGCACCAGGCAGCCUGGGCUACCCUGCAGCCUCCACCUUACCCCAGGCAGCCUUCCUGGCUGAUCCCAUGUCCAACAUGGCCAUGGCCUAUGGGAGCAGCCUGGCCGCGCAGGGCAAGGAGCUGGUAGAUAAGAAUAUUGACCGCUUCAUCCCCGUCACCAAGCUCAAGUAUUACUUUGCCGUGGACACCCUGUAUGUGGGCAAAAAGCUGGGCCUGCUCUUCUUCCCCUACCUGCACCAGGACUGGGAGGUGCAGUACCAGCAGGACACACCAGUGGCCCCCCGCUUUGACGUCAAUGCUCCGGACCUCUACAUUCCAGCAAUGGCUUUCAUCACCUACGUCUUGGUGGCUGGCCUUGCAUUGGGGACCCAGGAUAGGUUCUCCCCAGACCUCCUGGGGCUGCAGGCGAGCUCAGCAUUGGCCUGGCUGACACUGGAGGUGCUGGCCAUCCUGCUCAGCCUCUACCUGGUCACUGUCAACACAGACCUCACCACUAUUGACCUGGUGGCCUUCUUGGGCUACAAAUAUGUUGGGAUGAUUGGUGGGAUCCUCAUGGGCCUGCUCUUUGGAAAGAUUGGCUACUACGUGGUGCUGGGCUGGUGCUGUGUGUCCAUCUUUGUGUUCAUGAUCCGGACGCUGAGGCUGAAGAUCCUGGCAGAGGCUGCAGCUGAAGGGGUCCCAGUGCGCGGGGCCCGGAACCAGCUGCGCAUGUACCUGACGAUGGCCGUGGCGGCGACGCAGCCUCUGCUCAUGUACUGGCUCACCUUCCACCUGGUGCGGUGAGGCUGGCCCGGCCCAGGCCUCCAGCUGCCUCUCCUGGUGGCCUCCGCGCGCGCUGCCGCCAGACUCAUCUCACUCCGUCUCACGGCCGGCCGCUGGCCCCGGGUCCAGGCGCCGCCCCGAUCCUGAGACACCCCACCCCCACCCCAGAGAGAUCUUGAGCUGCACAGGCCGCCGCGCCCCGCCCCGCUGCGGCCGCUGUUAACAGAAACAAUAAACCCUGAUGGGCACGGCG